CGGGGCUUUGCCGACGGCCCAGCUGAGCGGGGGGCCCCCGCAGCACCCCCAGCCCUGCUGCUGCUCCUCGCCCGCCUCUGCCUUGAUUAUGAGGCCACCACCAUCAGCUACAUCCUCACUCUCACUGAUGAGCAGUUUCCCCCACAGGACACAGGCCCGGCGGUGACACCAGGACCGGCACUGUGCGCAGAGGCGCGGGGGGCAGCGCAGCGGCUGCUCGACCACUACGUGCAGGUGGAGACGCGAGACUGGUUGGGCACCGUCGAGCCCCGCAACGUUCGUGCUGUCAUGAAGCGUGUGGUUGAGGACAUCACGGCCAUCGAUGUCCAGGUGGGGCAGCUCUUCGAGGAGGGCGUGCGGCGGGCGCAGAGCAGCGACCCGAGCCGGCGCGCCUUCUCUGUCUACAGCAGCUCACGAGCACCCGGGCGCUACGCCCCCAGCUACACCCCCAGCGCCCCCAUGGACACCCACCUGCUCAGCAACAUCCAGAAGCUCUUCUCCGAACGCAUUGACAUCUUCAGCCCCGUCGAGUUCAACAAGGUGUCGGUGCUGACUGGGAUCAUCAAGAUCAGCCUAAAGACGCUGCUGGAGUGCGUGCGGCUGCGGACAUUGGGGCGCUUCGGGCUGCAGCAGGUGCAGGUGGACGGCCACUACCUGCAGCUCUACCUCUGGCGCUUCGCCGCUGACGAGCGGGUGGUGCAGGGGCUGCUGGACGAGGUGGCUGCCAGCGCUGCCCACCGCUGCCUCGACCCUGUCCCCAUGGAGCACAGCGUCGUCGAGCUCAUCUGCGAGCGCGGGUAGGACACGGGGACACGCAGGGGCAUGGGUUGAUG